CGACCUGGACACUGUCAUUCGCGACGUCAAAAACGCCAUGGAACUCCCAAGACUCCGCUUCGACGGCGAUCAGGUCGGAAGCCGAGCGAUGAUGUGCUCGUAUCGACUCGGCACAUGUGCUACACUGAAGCCCCGAUUCUAGCGUACCGGCGCGUGUGUUCUCGGCAGAGAGAACAACGCACGAGCAAGUGCAUGUCAACAUCACGUGCCGACAACCCUGUCUGA